GCGCCCCGUGCUAGGCUAGCAGAACACUCCAGCCAUGGGUCGCAGGGUGACGGUGGCGGUGUGCACGCUGAACCAGUGGGCGCUGGACUUCGAGGGCAACAUGAGCCGCGUGCUGCAGUCCGUGCAGGAGGCCAAGGAGGCGGGCGCCGCGUACCGGACCGGCCCGGAGCUCGAGAUAUGCGGCUACAGCUGCGAAGACCACUUCCACGAAUCAGACACAUUCCUGCACAGUUGGGAAGUCUUAGCUGAACUGCUCAAGUCUCCCACUUGCAAGGACAUGCUGAUAGACGUCGGCAUGCCGGUCCAGCACAGAAACGUGUCGUACAACUGCAGAGUGGCGUUCCUGAAUAAGAAGAUCUUGCUUAUCCGGCCCAAGAUGUUUCUGUGUGAGGACGGGAAUUAUAGAGAGUCGCGCUGGUUCUCUUGUUGGACUAAGGAGCGUCAGACAGAAGACUACUACCUGCCUCGCAUGAUCACGGCGGUGACGGGGCAGACGACGGUGCCCAUCGGAGACGCGGUCAUCGCCACCAGAGACACGUGCAUAGGCUUCGAGAUAUGUGAGGAGUUGUGGAAUCCACAGAGUCGCCACAUACCCUUAGGCCUGGACGGUGUUGAAAUCAUAGCAAACGGCUCAGGAAGCUACAUGGAACUACGUAAGGCCUACAUCACAGUGGAUUUGGUCAAGAGUGCCACAUUCAAGAGUGGUGGGGCUUACCUGUUCAGUAACUUAAGAGGCUGCGACGGACAAAGAGUUUACUUCAACGGUUGUUCUUGUGUCGCUGUGAAUGGGAAUAUUGUCAAUAGAGGACUGCAGUUCGCCUUGCAUGAUGUGGAAGUAAUAGCAGCAACAAUAGACCUAGAAGACAUUCGUUCCUAUCGCAACGCCAUCAGAUCCCGAACGCACCUGGCCGCGUCCAACCCGCCCUUCCCGAGGAUCAACGUGGACUUCGCGCUCUCUGAUGAUGAAGACUACAACAUGCCCGUCUCAAUGCCCAUGGAGUGGAAGUAUCUGACGCCUGAGGAGGAGAUUGAACUUGGACCGGCCUGCUGGCUAUGGGACUACCUACGAAGGUCGGGGCAAGGAGGCUUCUUCCUGCCUCUGAGCGGAGGCGUGGACUCCACAAGCACGGCUUGCAUCGUGUUCUCAAUGUGUACACAGAUAUGUGACGCUAUACAGAAAGGAGAAAGUCAAGUUUUAUACGACGUCAGAAAGAUAUUAUGCCAAUCAGACUACACACCGCAAGAUCCAAUGGAACUUUGUAAUAGACUGCUAGUGACAUGUUACAUGGGAACUGAGAACUCUAGCCAGGAAACCAAACAGAGGGCCAUGCAGCUUGCAAGUGAGAUUGGUAGUUAUCACUUCUCGAUCGUCAUAGACACAGCAGUGAGUGCGGUUAUCGGCAUAUUCACAGCCGUCACCGGCCUAGUGCCCAAAUUUAGGGCUAACGGAGGAUGCGCUAGACAGAAUCUAGCUCUUCAGAAUAUACAGGCUCGUCUACGCAUGGUGCUAUCAUACCUGUUCGCUCAACUAAUGCUCUGGGCUCAAGGCAGGCCGGGAGGUCUACUAGUGCUGGGCUCAUCCAAUGUGGACGAAGCUCUGAGAGGCUACAUGACCAAAUAUGACUGCUCCAGUGCAGAUGUGAACCCUAUCGGUGGCAUAUCCAAGACUGAUUUGAAGUCGUUCCUACAGUACGCUAAAAGCAGAUUCUUCCUGCCAUCCCUCUCCGAGAUCCUCCAAGCUCCACCAACCGCCGAGCUAGAGCCCCUGACCGACGGCCAGAUCACACAAACCGACGAGCAAGACAUGGGCAUGACCUACGCGGAGCUGGCGGUGUUCGGCGCGCUGAGGAAGACGCGCCACUGCGGCCCCUACUCCAUGCAGCAGCAGCUGGCGCGCCGCUGGGCCGACCGCUGCACGCCGCGAGAGGUGGGCGAGAAAGUGAAGCACUUUUUCCGCUGCUACGCGAUCAACCGGCACAAGAUGACCGUGCUGACUCCCUCGUACCACGCGGAGAGCUACAGUCCAGACGACAACCGCUUCGACCACCGCCCGUUCUUGUACCGCGUGCACUGGACCUGGCAGUUCCGGGCCAUCGACAAUGCCGUGGCCCAAAUGACGAAAGACAAGCGUGUGUCCACACGCGACGGAGACCACGCCCUAUCUAAGCAGGUUGUGAGCAAACCCAGCAACAGUAGCGCUAGUGUCGCACCCGCCAGCAGUGUGAACGCACCCUUUAAUAUGCGCGGUGACAGGAAAGGAGUCCUUAUUUAGCUCUUAUAUUUUUUAACGAGUUUCUCGAAAUCUGGGGGUUUAGUGUGAGUUUUUCAAUACCAAUCGAGCUGUGAAACCUAGCGCAAAAUUAUAGGCGCGGAGCUAUUGCACCUAUUUACCGAUAAGUGAUAAGUGGCAUCUCUCACGCCCUAUACCAAUUCACGUUUACUCGCCGCUUCUCAAACGGUGAAAAAACUCGCACUCAGGGCCCCGUUUGCACAAGUUUUAACGCACAUUAUUAAAAUUUUGUGACGCAUGAUGUAGAAACAUACCAGUUAGUGCCUUUUUUAUAACUAUAAAUUAUACGUUGAUACAUUGCCAUUGCCACUGUAUAAUAUUUUCUAAUCGCUACCCAACUUUACUCUUGUAUACAUACUCUUUAGGUAAAGAAUGGCUUUGCUAUAUUUCUGUAAAUAAACAAUGUGUUUUGUAUA